UAGAAUAAAGAUUCAGCACGUUCUACAAGAGUACUAGCUUGCUCAUCUUUGAAUUGAGCGUCGAUCACUCACCGCUCGAAGCUCGAAACUCAAGAUCACUCACUGCUCAAAGACAGGACCAUAUCAUGGCAUCAGUGGAUCGAAAGACAGCGAAGAGGGUGGCCAUCGUCGGCGCCGGCACGAGCGGGCUGGCCGCGUGCAAGCACCUCCUGGCGAGGGGCUUCCGGCCGGCGGUCUUCGAGGCGGGCGCGUCCGUCGGCGGCCUGUGGACGCGCACGCUGGCGUCCACCAGGCUGCAGUCGCCGCACGUGUCGUACCGCUUCUCCGACUUCCCGUGGCCGGAGGGCGUGGACUUGUACCCGCGCCACGACCAGGUCGUCGACUACCUCGCCGCCUACGCGCGCCGCUUCGGCGUCCACGACUGCGUCAGGUUCCGGAGCAAGGUCGUCGCCGCAGAGUACGUCGGGGCGGACGAGGCGGCGGACACCGAGCUGUGGGCCGGCAAUGGCGAGGCGUUCGGCGGCGACGGCGCGGGCGAGUGGCGCCUCACAGUGCGGCACGGCGAGUCCGACACCACAAAGACGUACGAGUUCGACUUCCUGAUCCUGUGCGUCGGGAGGUUCAGCGGCGUGCCGAACGUCCCGGCGUUCCCGCCCAACGGAGGCCCCGACGCGUUCCUUGGGCGGGUGCUCCACUCCAUGGACUUCUCCGACAUGGACGCCGCCGACGCCGCCGCGCUGGUCAAGGGCAAGCGCGUCGCCGUCGUCGGCUCCGGCAAGUCCGCGUUCGACGUCGCGGCCGAAUGCGCUGAAGCAAACGGUGUGGAGCAGCCGUGCACAAUGAUCUGCAGAAGCGCGCAGUGGCUGCUGCACGACACCAACGUCUGGGGCAAGCUGAGCAUCGGGUACCUCUACAUGAACCGGUUCGCGGAGCUAAUGGUCCGUAAGCCUGGCGCCGGCCUGGCGUUGAGCCUUCUUGCCACAUUGCUGACACCUUUGGGGUGGCUGAUAUCGAAGGUGACGGGAGCGUACUACAAGAAGGCAAUACCGAUGCAGGAGUACGGGAUGGUGCCAGAGUUCGGGUUCGCGAGGUCCAUCUCGUCGUGCAAGAUCGCCAUGCUGCCAGAGGCGUUCUACGACAAGGUGAAGGACGGCAGCGUCGUCAUCAGGAGGUCGAGGUCGUUCAGCUUCUGCGAGGACGGCCUGGUGCUGGACGGCGUCGACCGGCACGUCGUCCCGGCCGACCUGGUGAUACUCGCCACCGGCUUCCGCGGCGACCAGAAGCUCAGGGACAUGUUCGUGUCACGCCGGAUGAAGGAGAUCGUCGCCGGCUCGUCGGACACCAUUGUUCCUCUGUAUCGGGAGUGCGUGCACCCUCGGAUCCCGCAGAUGACGGUGAUCGGGUACUCGGAGAGCCUGACCAACAUCUUCACGUGUGAGAUGAUGGCCAAGUGGGUGGCGCGCUUCCUGGACGGCGCAUUCCGGCUGCCGAGCGUGCGGCGCAUGGAACAGGCCGUGGCGGAGUGGGGGAGGUACACGAGGCGCAGCAACGGGGAGAGCUUCCGGAGGUCGUGCCUCGGCGCCGUCAACAUCUGGUACAACGACCAGCUGUGCCGCGACAUGGGCUGCGACCCCAGGAGGAAGAAGGGUCUCCUCGCCGAGUGGUUCCAGCCCUACGGCGCCGUCGACUACGCUGAUAUCCACUGAAGCUUUCGGAGGCCAACUCUCAGACUUCCCCAUAGCCGCACGACGUGGCUGGUGACAAUGGUUAACUAGUAGUGUCUUGAAUUGACAGUAAAAAAACGGGAUUUGAAAUAAUCCUUAGCCAUAACCGACUUAAAUUU